AUGUGUCGACUCAUGGUCUUCUCCGGGACAUGCACCAAAUGCGGCGGGGCGCAGACGUGGGACGACCUGACGCAGGAGCUGUCCUGUUUGGAGGCGAAGAACGCAGGCGCGUUUGGCGAGUGCGACGGCGGCAUCUCCGUGGAGGAGCACAGCUUUGAUCAGGAGUGCGAUACGUGUGCCGAUGAGGACGAAGGGUUCGGCGAUGAUGUUGAAGGGGGGAGCAGUCGGGGAGGCGACAAGAAAAGGCAGCGGACUUCUUGA